AUGUUGCCAACAAUCAACUUUCAGCAAUGGAUUUUGAGUCUGCCACGUGCAACAUCGUUUGCGGGUAACCAAGGACUAUACGGCUCAUGGGAGGCUGUUGCCAGCUCCUCAUCCUGCUGUGAGGCGCUCUCCAAGAGCCUUGGCCGCGAUGCUGUCGUGUUCCCGCAAGACAAUGCGUACUCGCGUUCGCUCAACUCAUUCUUCAGUGUGAGAACUCAAGAGAUACACCCCAGCUGUAUUGUGCGUCCGACUUCGGCAGUGGAGGUAUCAACAGCCGUGAAAACACUCACACUGGGAGCCACAAUAUGGGAAGGCGACAAAUGUCAGUUUGCCAUUCGAGGAGCCGGUCACACUCCAUUCGGCGCGGCCAACAUCGAAAAUGGAAUCGUAGUCGAUCUUGUCCACAUGCCAUCAGAAGGCUUGUCGGAUGAUCUCGAGACAAUCACGGUCUCGCCCAGCAUGACAUGGGACCAGGUCUACGAGACACUCGAAGUUCACAAUCGCAGCACACUGGGCACCAAAGUUGCAGGUCCCGGUGUUGGCGGUGCAGCGACUUCAUGUGGUGUAUCUUACUUUUCUCCGAGGUAUGGAUUCAUUUGCGAUAUCGUUGAGAAUUUCGAGGUCGUACUUGCGACUGGCGAGAUUGUCAACGCGAAUGCCAACGAGCACCCUCGACUCUGGAAAGCACUGCGUGGCGGUAUCAGCAACUUUGGUAUUGUCACCGCACUUAAGCUGAAGACUUUCGAGCAAGGGCCUUUCUGGGGUGGUCAAACCUUUCACACCGUCGACCAGCGAGGUCAUCUUUUUCAAGGACUGAAAGACUUGGCGCAUGCCCAUCCAUACGAUCCAUAUUCACAGUACAUCGCCUCGCUGGUGUUCCUGAACAUUUCCCAAUCUUGGAUGGCAGCCAGCAACCUCCACUAUACCAAGAGCGACCCGCCAGUCGAGAACCCAGAGGUCUUCAAGGCAUUUACAAGUCUAUCGCAGACGCCGCCAGCCCCUGGGGCCCCGCCGAAUACCCUACGCGUUGCCCCAGUCUCGAGCUAUGCGGCGGAGUAUGCACAAGUUCUUGCCUACCCCAAGCGUUGGAUGUACGCCACCAUCAGCUUUGCACCUGAUGCGGAAUUCAUGGAGGAGUUCUUCCAGAUGGCAGACAAGGCCAUGCAACCAUUCAAGCAACUUGACAGAUUCCAGCUUGCCAUGAAUCAUCAGCCCAUGCCCACACUGCAGUCCGAGCGGUACGGUGCUGUCGACUCGCUUGGCCCCAUUCAGACCCAGGGCAAUGUCGUCUUCAUCCAUUGGGCGCUGUCUGUAGAUCGCAACGAGGGCAAGCAUUACCCCGACAUUCAAGCUGCCGUACAAAAGCUGUUCAAGAAUACAAACAAGAAGGCGAAGGAGUGGGGUGUCUACCGAAGCUAUAUCCAACCAACGUAUGCCGAAGCUUGGCAGAACCCGUUCGAUAUGCGAAGCAAAGGCACGCUGAAAGACCUUCGCGAGACAAGCAAGAUCUAUGAUCCAAAUCAGGUCUUCCAGAAGCAGGUUCCUGGCGGCUUUAAGCUGCCACGGGCUUGA